AUGGGAAGCAGCACGGGCUCUCACCGGGAAGCUCGUGGUCUCCAUCAACCCGCAUACACCGGAGCCCUGCCCCGCCGGGUGUGCCGCCACGCACAAGAUGGCGUGCGGGGCGGGGCCGGACUGCGGCUGCUAGCGGACUCGGCAGGCCCUGCGCCUCUCCCGUCCGGUGCCCACACCGCGGCGCCGCUGCAGCCCGGGCCCCGCAAGGACCAUUACCACUCCUGCUCUGAUAGUGGAACUCGUCUGAUGACCAUCCUUAGGUCCUCCAUUUGGGGUACCACAGUCCAUUCGGGGGGCGGGGGCUGCCGCCGAGGGGACGGGGGCUGCCGCCGAGGGGACGGGGGCUGCCGCCGGGAGGACGGAGGUUGCCGGCGGGAGGACGGGGGCUGCCGCCGGGGGGACGGGGGCUGCCGGCAGGAGGACGGGGGUUGCCGGCAGGAGGACGGGGGCUGCCGUCGGGGGGACGGGGGCUGCCGGCAGGAGGACGGAGGUUGCCGGCAGGAGGACGGGGGCUGCCGUCGGGGGGACGGGGGCUGCCGUCGGGGGGACGGGGGCUGCCGGCAGGAGGACGGAGGUUGCCGGCAGGAGGACGGGGGCUGCCGCCGGGGGGACGGGGGCUGCCGGCAGGAGGACGGGGGUUGCCGGCAGGAGGACGGGGGCUGCCGCCGGGGGGACGGGGGCUGCCGGCAGGAGGACGGGGGUUGCCGGCAGGAGGACGGGGGCUGCCGCCGGGGGGACGGGGGCUGCCGGCAGGAGGACGGGGGUUGCCGGCAGGAGGACGGUGGCUGCCGCCGGGAGGACGGGGGUUGCCGGCAGGAGGACGGGGGCUGCCGCCGGGGGGACGGGGGCUGCCGCGUCCACGUUUCCGUCACCAACCGCUUCGUCCCUUCACUGGCCAAGUCCCUCGCGGGAUAUUGGAAACGCAGUUCGAAGGACUCCGCACUCGCUUCGUGGAUCCGGACUGCAGCCGCGGCAAACCGGGAGCUCCUUCCCUUGCCUUUAUCUUACAAUGUUGGCUGGAUCGUCUACCCGUGCUCCGAGAGGCUUCCAGGGUCCUUCUUCCGGGCCGCCGAAAUCGGCGUGGGCACCCCCCCUUUCCGAAGGGUCAAAGAAGUCCUCGCAGGCAGGGUGAAGAGUGCCUACCUGGCAGAGCUCUUCUACCCAGUGCUGAUGUUCCAAGAGGAGCUCAACAGGCAGUGCAGCAGCUGGGAAGAUGCCAGCAUGGCUGGUGAUCCCCAUCCCCCCUGCUCCCGGCUGGCUGCGGCUCAGCACCCGGAGCCGCUGCCUCUCCACGCCCGGCGGGGCUUCCGGCGCAGGCUCCCCGCACCCUGCGCUGCACCUCCGCGCUUUCGCUUUCGCUUUCCCGGCGAGGUCGGCGGUGGCGCGGCAGGGACCGGGGUCCGGCCGGAGGUACCGGAGAGGCUGAGGGGAGCCGGGGUCCGGCCGGAGGUACCGGAGAGGCUGAGGGGAGCCGGGGUCCGGCCGGAGGUACCGGGGAGGCUGAGGGGAGCCGGGGUCCGGCCGGAGGUACCGGAGAGGCUGAGGGGAGCCGGGGUCCGGCCGGAGGUACCGGAGAGGCUGAGGGGAGCCGGGGUCCGGCCGGAGGUACCGGGGAGGCUGAGGGGAGCCGGGGUCCGGCCGGAGGUACCGGGGAGGCUGAGGGGAGCCGGGGUCCGGCCGGAGGUACCGGAGAGGCUGAGGGGAGCCGGGGUCCGGCCGGAGGUACCGGAGAGGCUGAGGGGAGCCGGGGUCCGGCCGGAGGUACCGGAGAGGCUGAGGGGAGCCGGGGUCCGGCCGGAGGUACCGGGGAGGCUGAGGGGAGCCGGGGUCCGGCCGGAGGUACCGGAGAGGCUGAGGGGAGCCGGGGUCCGGCCGGAGGUACCGGAGAGGCUGAGGGGAGCCGGGGUCCGGCCGGAGGUACCGGGGAGGCUGAGGGGAGCCGGGGUCCGGCCGGAGGUACCGGGGAGGCUGAGGGGAGCCGGGGUCCGGCCGGAGGUACCGGGGAGGCUGAGGCGGGCGAGUUCAGGCACCGGGCGGGCUGAACGGAGCUGUCUGUCUCAGGCUCCUUCCCGGCGGCUCGAUCCCCGCGGUUCACUUCCACCCUGGGUCCCGUCCGGGAUGGCCUGUCCUCGGCUGUCCGGACGCGUUUCGGCCCCGCUGUCGGCGCCGGUGUCCGCGGCGCUGCUGGCGCUGCUGUGCGGUGCCUGGGCUCUGUCCGUCGCCCCGGAGAGCGCCGAGUUCCCCUGGACGGCGGUGAGGCUGCCCACCGACGUCGUGCCGCUGCACUACCGGCUGCUCAUCCACCCCAACCUCACCACGCUGACCUUCGCCGGCACCGCCGACAUCCAGGUGCUGACCACCCGGCAGACCGGCGCCGUCAUCCUGCACGGCAAGCGGCUCAACAUCAGUGAGGCCACCCUGGCCGAGGACGCCGUGGGCGAGGCGGCCGCGGGGCCGGCGCUGAGGGUGCUGCAGGAGCCCAGCCGGGAGCUGGUGGCUCUGCUGGCGCCGCGGCCGCUGCUCCCCGGGCGCCGCUACACGAUCCGCAUCCGCUACCGGGCGCGGCUCUCGCAGUCCUUCCACGGCUUUUACAACAGCAGCUACCGGACCCGGCAGGGAGAGCUCAGGGUGCUGGCAGUGACACAGUUUGAGCCCACAGCUGCCCGGAUGGCCUUCCCCUGCUUCGAUGAGCCAGCCUUCAAAGCCACCUUCUCCAUCCGGAUCCGCAGGGACCCCGAGCACCUCGCCCUCUCCAACAUGCCCAUUGUGAAGUCUGUGACUCUGUCUCCCUGGCUGGUCGAGGACCACUUUGAUACCACAGUCAGGAUGAGCACCUACCUGGUGGCCUUCAUCGUUUCAGACUUCAAAUCCAUCAGCAAAAUGAGCAGCCAUGGAGUUAAGGUCUCUGUCUACUCGGUGCCAGAGAAGAUCAGCCAAGCUGAGUAUGCCCUGGAGGCAGCAGUGAAGCUCCUGGACUUCUAUGAGGACUACUUUGGGAUUCCAUACCCUCUACCUAAGCAGGAUUUGGCAGCUGUCCCUGACUUUCAGUCUGGUGCUAUGGAGAACUGGGGGCUGACCACCUACCGGGAGUCAGCCUUGCUGUACGACCCUGAGAAGUCCUCCUCAUCCUCUAAACUGUGGAUCACCAUGGUGAUAGCCCAUGAGCUGGCCCAUCAGUGGUUUGGCAACCUGGUGACCAUGGAGUGGUGGAAUGACCUGUGGCUGAAUGAAGGCUUUGCCAAGUUCAUGGAGUUCGUGUCAGUCAGUGUCACCCACCCAGAGCUCAGAGUUGAAGACUAUUUCCUGAGGAGGUGCUUUGAUGCCAUGGCUGUGGAUGCUUUGAAUUCCUCCCACCCUGUGUCUACUCCUGUGGAAGACCCAGCUGCCAUCCUGGAGAUGUUUGAUGAGGUUUCUUAUGUCAAGGGGUCUUGUAUAUUGAAUAUGCUGAGGGACUACCUGACUGCUGAUGUGUUCAAAGCUGGGCUGGUGCAGUACCUGCAGAAACACAGCUACCAGAACACCAGAAAUGAGCACCUGUGGGACAGCCUGGCAAAUGUUUGCCCUACAGGACGUGCUGAGAAGAAUGAGCUGCAAGGGUUUUGCAGAAGAGGCCAGCAGCCUUCUUCAAGUGCACACUGGACUCAAGGAGAGACUCUUGAUGUGAAGGCAAUGAUGGACACUUGGACACUGCAGAAAGGUUAUCCCCUGGUAACAGUCACAGUGAGAGGAAAAAAUGUCCACCUGCAGCAGGAGCACUACAUGAAGGGAGGAAAGCCUUCCACAUCCACAGGGUCCCUGUGGCACAUCCCCCUGACCUACAUCACCAGCAAAUCUGACACAGUCCAGAGGUUCCUGAUGACUACCAGAGCAGAUGUCCUGCUCCUGCCAGAAGAGGUGGAGUGGAUCAAGUUCAACGUGGACAUGAAGGGCUACUACCUGGUGCACUACGCAGGGGGGAUGUGGGACCCCCUGAUCAGCCUCCUGAGGGACAGGCACACCCUGCUGAGCAGCAGUGACAGAGCCAACCUCAUUAACAACGUGUUCCAGAUGGUCAGCAUCAAGCAGCUGCCCAUCUCCAAAGCUUUGGACCUGACUCUGUACCUGCAGCAGGAGACUGAGAUCCUGCCUGUCCUGCAGGGCCUGCACGAGCUGAUCCCCAUCUACAGGCUGAUGGAGGCCAGGGGGGAGGAUGGCACCACCCAGCAGCUGCAGGAGCACCUGGUGAGGCUCUUCAGGGAGCUGAUUGACCACCAGUCCUGGAGCGAUGAGGGCUCGGUGUCGCAGCGGCUGCUGAGGAGCUCCCUGCUGCUCUUUGCCUGCCUGCACCGCUACCAGCCCUGCCUGGACAAGGCCUCCAGGCACUUCACACAGUGGCAGCAGUCCAAUGGAACCCUCAGCUUGCCAGCAGAUGUGAAGUCAGCUGUGUACGCCGUGGGGGCUCAGACAGCAGAGGGUUGGGAGUUCCUCCUCAGCAGGUACCAGCUGCCUGCCUUCAGCACAGAGAGGGAGGACAUGGAGAUAGCUCUCAGCCUCAGCAGAAGCCAGGAGAGGCUUCAGUGGCUGAUGGACCAAGGUCUGCAUGGGGACAUCAUCAGGACCCAGGACCUGCCCUCCCUUCUUGUCUUCAUUGCCAGGAACCCCUCUGGCCAUGACCUGGCCUGGGCCUUCCUGAAAGCCAACUGGGACCAGAUCACAGCAAAGUUCGAGCUGGGCUCCAGCUCCGUGGCACAGAUGGUGACAGGAGUGACCAGGAGGUACUCGACACGGGCACAGCUGGCACAGGUGGAGGAGUUCUUCAGCUCCCUGGAGGAGAAGGGCUCCCAGCUGCGCUGUGUGCAGCAGGCCAUGGAAACCAUCCAGGACAACAUCCAGUGGAUGGACAGCAACCUGGAGCAGCUCAGGAGGUGGCUGCACAACCACCACCACAAGGGUCCUGGUGGUCAGGAAUGA